CGAAUUUGUUGAAGCUCACAAAUACGAAUAAAUCAAUUUUCUUCUUGGCUUUGGAAUGCAUCAUGCUAUUUUCGUUGGCCGUAUUUUGUCAGUCCGCACUAAAGUAUUUGCUUUCUCUACAAAAGCGUUCCAAAUCCUCAGUACAUGAAUCAUCGAAGCAUCUUUUAUUAAAGGAAACGGAUCUAAAAAAACUCCAGGCUCUCUCACUCAUUUGGUAUUCACUUAAUCCUUAUUCAAUACUAGUAUCUGCCUCCAAUUCAACCUGUAUCGUGUAUAACAUAGUAUUCCUGUGGAUCAAUAUUUCCAUCUGUAAAGGCUACCUAUUGCUGGCUUCUGUUUUAUGCGCUUUCGGAUGUUAUAUCCAUCUCUAUCCAGGAUAUCUGAUUUUUCCAGUUCUGGCUGCUGCUUAUUUGAGUUCAUCAAAUGAAUUAAAACCAACAAAAAUAAUCAAUCGUCUAUUCACUAGCUGUCUUCCUCCGUUAACUGUUUUCAUCACCAGUUUAUUAACUCUCCUAUGGGUUAGUUAUAUUAUACAAAAUAAUGAUUGGAGGUUUUUAACUUCAGUCUACUGGCAUACCAUAACCGUAGCUGAUUGUACUCCUCAAAUGGGUAUUUACUGGUAUAUGUUUGUUGAAAUGUUUGAACAUUUCCGUGAAUUUUUCACCUGGGUUUUCCAACUACUUAUAUUUAUUUUAGUAGUCGGACUAACACUUAAAUUCAGUCAUAAUCCACUGUAUAUAUGCUUGAUUACAUCACUCCUAAUGAAUGUAUUACAACCAUAUCAUAGUAUUGGUCAACUUGGCCUGCUAAUAUCUAUUCUGCCUAUAUGGAAUCAUAUAUUAAAGCAAACCCAUUUGUUAUUCAUAUCAACAUGUUUUCUGGUUACUGCACUUAUUCUCAGUCCACUGUUUCACUAUAUUUGGUUACAACCGGGUACAGGAAAUGCAAAUUUCUACUUUUCUGCAUCAUUAGUUCAUGCAUUUGGACAGGUAAUACUUAUCACAGAUUUAUUGAAUGCUCAAGGGAAAUAUGAUUAUUAUCUACGUGUUGGAGACAAGUUCAAACUGAGUACUGGUGAAGAGUUGAAAUUAAUUCAAGAAUAG